AUGCCCGGCAUCGCCACGUCGGCCCCCGGCCAAGUGCACAGUCGCUGUGCACUCACGCGCAAAGUGUCCGGUGUUGCCACAUCGGUAACACCGUAUCGGACCCCCAGUCCGCUGUUGGCGACAGACAGCCGAAGCAUUCGAAAGCCUGCUUCAGGCUAA